AGGGGCCGCAGGCACUUCCCUCUGGUCCCCCCCACCAACCCCAGCUCGGCAACCGCGUCUCCAGGGCUCCCAGCAACUGGCUGGAAGGGCUUCCCUCACCCUCAGGAACAGCCCGCCAGCGAGGAAAGGCGAGCCAGGCGGGAGGCAAAAAGGAGACACCGCAUUUCUAAGAGGCAAGAAAGGAAGGAAGGGAGGGGAAAAAAAAAAUAACCCAAGCGGCGCAGAGUGGACUCUGGUCCGGGAGAGAACGAUCCGGCGCCGGAACGUGGACCGAGAAGCACCGGAAUGCAAACAAAGCUCACGGGCGCCUGUGCAGGGCUCGCGGGGAAGCUCAGAAAGUUUGUUUUAUGAUGGCUUGAGUGCGCGAGUGUGUGCAGGGGAGCGAGGCUGCCAAGUUUCUCUCUCCCGUUGCGUUAUUUUGGGGGAGAUGUCUCUCCCAUGAGCCAGCGGGGGCUUGGGGGCUUGUGCUGUGGGGGGCACCUGUCUCUCAUUGUAUUAUUAUUUUUUUGUGUUAGGGUGGGGAGGAGGGGUGUAACCCAUCAUGUCGAGAGUGAUCCAGAAGAAGAACCACUGGACUAGCAAGGUUCACGAAUGCACCGUGAAGCGGGGACCCCAGGGUGAGCUGGGGGUGACGGUGCUGGGGGGCGCGGAGAAUGGGGAGUUUCCGUAUGUCGGAGCGGUGGCCGCGGCUGAAGCGGCGGGGCUUCCCGGCGGCGGCGAGGGCCCUCGGCUGGGCGAAGGGGAGCUGCUUCUGGAGGUGCAGGGGAUCCGGGUGUCCGGCUUGCCCCGCUAUGACGUGCUGGGAGUCAUCGACAGCUGCAAGGAGGCCGUCACCUUCAAAGCCGUCAGACAAGGAGGAAAGCUGAACAAGGACCUGCGACAUUUCCUCAAUCAGCGGUUCCAGAAAGGGUCUCCUGAUCAUGAGCUCCAGCAGACCAUAAGGGAUAACCUUUAUCGCCAUGCUGUGCCUUGCACAACCCGGUCUCCCAGAGAAGGAGAAGUGCCUGGCGUGGACUAUAACUUUCUGACUGUGAAGGAGUUCUUGGACCUCGAGCAGAGCGGAACCCUUCUGGAAGUCGGCACCUAUGAAGGAAACUAUUAUGGGACACCCAAACCUCCUAGCCAGCCAGUCAGUGGGAAAGUGAUCACGACGGAUGCCUUGCAAAGCCUUCAGUCUGGCUCCAAGCAGUCGACCCCAAAGCGAACCAAGUCCUACAAUGAUAUGCAAAAUGCUGGCAUAGUCCAUGCAGAGAAUGAGGAGGAGGAGGAUGUUCCUGAAAUGAACAGUAGCUUCACAGCCGAUUCUGGUGACCAAGAAGAGCACAUUCUCCAAGAAGCAGCCCUACCGCCUGUGAAUACUAGCAUCGUUGCUGCCCCCAACACGGACGCUUCUCAGAAGUUCCCUCAAUACCUACCUCUUUGUGCAGAGGAUAAUUUAGGUCCUCUACCUGAGAACUGGGAGAUGGCCUACACCGAAAAUGGAGAAGUCUAUUUUAUAGACCAUAACACAAAGACAACAUCUUGGUUAGACCCUCGGUGCCUGAACAAGCAGCAGAAGCCUCUGGAAGAGUGUGAAGAUGAUGAAGGGGUCCACACCGAGGAGCUGGACAGUGAACUAGAACUGCCUGCUGGUUGGGAAAAGAUUGAAGACCCUGUCUAUGGUAUCUACUAUGUAGACCACAUCAACAGGAAGACACAAUAUGAGAACCCGGUUCUAGAAGCCAAACGGAAGAAGCAGCUUGAGCAGCGGCAGCAACCCCAGCAGCAACCCCAGCAGCAGCCGCAGCCCGAAGAAUGGACAGAAGAUCAUUCAUCGCUUGUGCCUCCUGUUAUUCCAAACCAUCCUCCAAGCAAUCCGGAGCCAGCCAGAGAAGCUCCACUUCAGGGCAAACCCUUUUUUACAAGAAACCCUUCUGAGUUGAAAGGCAAAUUCAUUCACACGAAGCUGCGGAAAAGCAGCCGUGGCUUUGGCUUCACAGUCGUUGGAGGGGAUGAACCUGACGAGUUUCUGCAGAUCAAGAGCUUGGUCCUGGAUGGUCCUGCCGCACUGGAUGGCAAGAUGGAAACAGGAGAUGUCAUUGUCAGCGUGAAUGACACCUGUGUUUUGGGACAUACGCAUGCACAAGUUGUGAAAAUCUUCCAGUCCAUUCCCAUCGGUGCCAGUGUGGAUCUUGAACUAUGCCGAGGUUACCCGUUGCCUUUUGACCCAGAUGACCCCAAUACAAGUUUAGUGACCUCGGUGGCCAUUUUGGAUAAAGAACCAAUUAUUGUGAAUGGGCAAGAGACUUAUGAUUCGCCAGCUAGUCACAGCAGUAAAACAGGCAAAGUCAAUGGCACAAAGGAUGCCAGGCCCAGCAGCCCUGCUGAUGUGGCGUCAAAUGGUUCCCAUGGUUACCCCAAUGACACUGUCUCUUUGGCUUCCUCCAUAGCCACUCAGCCAGAACUCAUAACUGUUCAUAUAGUCAAAGGGCCAAUGGGCUUUGGCUUUACUAUCGCAGACAGUCCUGGUGGUGGUGGCCAAAGAGUGAAACAGAUUGUGGACAGUCCAAGGUGCCGCGGCCUGAAAGAAGGGGAUCUGAUAGUGGAAGUUAAUAAGAAGAACGUGCAGGCUCUGACCCACAACCAGGUCGUGGAUAUGCUGAUCGAAUGUCCAAAGGGAAGUGAGGUCACGUUGUUGGUGCAACGAGGAGGGUUGCCAGUUCCCAAGAAGAGCCCAAAGUCGCAACCACUGGAAAGAAAAGACAGCCAGAAUAGCUCUCAGCACAGCGUCUCCAGCCACCGGAGCCUACACACGGCCUCCCCAGGCCAUAGCACACAGGUGCUCCCCGAGUACCCACCUGCAGAGGCCCCAACUCCAGAUCAAACCGACAGCUCUGGGCAGAAAAAACCAGAUCCUUUUAAAAUCUGGGCCCAGUCCAGGAGCAUGUAUGAAAACCGACUUCCAGACUACCAAGAACAGGACAUCUUCCUCUGGAGAAAAGAGACUGGAUUUGGAUUUAGGAUUCUGGGUGGAAAUGAACCAGGGGAACCUAUUUAUAUCGGUCACAUUGUACCGCUGGGUGCUGCUGAUACGGAUGGCCGCCUGAGGUCUGGGGAUGAAUUAAUCUGUGUGGAUGGGACACCGGUAAUUGGAAAAUCACACCAGCUUGUGGUCCAGCUUAUGCAACAAGCUGCCAAGCAAGGCCACGUCAACCUCACGGUGCGGCGUAAAGUGGUGUUUGCAGCCCCGAAAGCCGAGAAUGAGGUGCCGUCGCCGGCCUCCUCCCAUCACAGUAGCAACCAGCCGGCAUCGCUGACCGAGGAGAAGCGCACCCCGCAGGGCAGCCAGAACUCCCUGAACACGGUGAGCUCUGGCAGCGGCAGCACCAGCGGGAUCGGGAGCGGCGGCGGCGGCGGCAGCGGUGUGGUCAGCACAGCAGUGCAGCCCUACGACGUGGAGAUCCGGCGCGGUGAGAACGAGGGCUUCGGCUUCGUCAUCGUGUCCUCAGUGAGCAGGCCCGAGGCCGGCACGACUUUCGGCAAUGCAUGUGUGGCUAUGCCUCACAAAAUAGGUCGGAUUAUUGAGGGGAGUCCUGCUGACCGAUGUGGCAAGCUGAAAGUGGGAGACCGGAUCCUGGCAGUGAAUGGAUGUUCCAUCACCAACAAGUCCCAUUCAGACAUUGUCAACCUAAUCAAGGAAGCAGGAAACACAGUUACCCUCCGCAUCAUUCCUGGGGAUGAGUCUUCAAAUGCUACUUUGCUGACCAAUGCAGAGAAGAUUGCCACCAUCACCACCACACACACCCCUUCUCAGCAAGGGGCCCAGGAGACCAGGAAUACCACCAAACCAAAGCCAGAAUCUCAGUUUGAGUUCAAAGCACCCCAGGCAACACAGGAGCAAGAUUUUUACACUGUGGAACUGGAAAGAGGAGCCAAGGGAUUUGGCUUUAGUCUUCGAGGGGGCCGAGAAUAUAACAUGGACCUCUAUGUUUUGCGCUUAGCAGAGGAUGGUCCAGCAGAAAGGUGUGGAAAGAUGAGGAUUGGUGAUGAAAUUUUAGAGAUCAAUGGCGAGACCACCAAAAACAUGAAGCAUUCUCGGGCUAUAGAACUGAUUAAGAAUGGCGGCCGCAGGGUGCGUCUGUUUCUGAAGCGGGGAGACGGCUCAGUACCAGAAUAUGACCCCAGCAGCGACCGGCACGGCCCCGCCGCCGCCGCCGGUGCACAAGGGGUUCCGGAAGUGAGGGCCGCGCCCCCCGACCGCCGACCGCAUCCAUCAUUGGAGUCCAGUUACCCACCCGAUCUUCACAAAUCAUCACAGCAUGGGGAAAAGCGGGCACACGGGAAAGACCCAAAAGGCAGCAGAGAGUAUAGCAGACAACCCAAUGAGCAUCACACAUGGAAUGGAACUUCUAGAAAACCCGACAGUGGGGCUUGCCGACCCAAGGACCGGGCACCGGAGGGAUGGAGAGAGGCGCCCCCGGAGCGGAUGGUGACCAACGGCCCCAAGAGGAGGUCCCCGGAGAAGCGCAGAGAAGGCACCCGCAGCGCGGACACCACUUUGGAGAGAAGGGAGAAGCACGAGAAGAGGCGGGAGCUUUCUCCGGAGCGGAGACGCGAGCGCUCGCCCACCCGCCGAAGGGACAGCUCGCCCAGCCAUCGCAGGAGGUCCCUCGAGAGACUCUUGGAUCAGAAACGGUCGCCAGAGCGCAGGAGAGGGAGCUCGCCAGAGCGGAGGGCCAAGUCCACCGACCGCCGGCGGGCGCGGUCCCCCGAGCGCAGGCGCGAGCCGUCCCUGGAGAAGAGGAACAAGGAGGACCGAGUGAGCCACCGAGGAAGGGAAGAGCCCAGUGCGAAAGCGGAUGCCGGCCGAAGCUCCAGACACGCCCCCGAGCAGAGAAGGCGACCUUACAAAGAAUGUAGCACCGACCUCAGUAUCUGAGACGCUGAGGCACAGUCCAACCUUUACCGUGUCAAAGGUUCUAAGAGGAAGGUCACAAACCUGAAAUAAUUUAGUUUCUUACCUGGUGAAGCGUCUGACACCCGAUGAUCCUAUGAAGAGCAACAAACAUUUUAUGCAUUUGAAAUCUUAUAAGAAAAAAAUAUAUAUAUGAAAAGUGUUGUGCCUGAUGUAUAAUAUUAAAGAAAGUAUUUUUAAAUGCGUACUUUUUUGGAAAUUAUUUGCCAAAUGCUGCCCCGAAGAGAUACACAUUUUGUUUCUACAUAAACUGUAGAAUUGUCAAGAAUUGUUCCCUUUUGGGGGGCAAUCUUUUUCUCUCCUGGUUAAAUAGGGCUGUUGAUCAGAAUUUUCUCUAAGGGAAAUUAUUGAUUAAGUUUAAUUAAUUUGAUGUAGAUUGUUAUGUAGUGAUGUAGUGCUAUACUGUAGUUAGGAGUUUUUCUUUAAAAAAAAGAGCAAAAAGGCAAAAGUUAUAUUUGUAAAAGCUGAGGACUCUGAGAUGGAUUAGGAUUGCCGAUGAUCCUAAAAUUUAACUGUAUGAAGAGACUACUAUUGCAGAUGAAGGAUAUUUAUAGCUAAACUACACAGCACAAAGAAAUGUUCCCUUCUCGAGUCAUAGUUGGUUCAGAAAACAGUUCGUACUCUCCCUGGCCAUAGAAAGGCACGAAGAGGAGAAGGUUGGCCGCCAUUACCCAAAUGUAGCCCAAGCACAGAUGGUCAGGUUCAUUAUUAGCAUCACCAACAUCUAAUAAGAUCUCAUUAAGGCAGUGCCAUCACAGCUUUGCUCAACUACUAGAAGGAACGGACGGGCACUCAACACCUUCUGUGUUGUCUUGUCUGAUUUGAGGCUGAAUAGUGGAUGGAAUGGGGAACAAUGUGCCCAGUGCAAGGGAGCCGUGAGAAUCCUCCAUACAGAAAGUGUGUUCCCCCUUUGUAGCAUAAGCCCAAGGUUGCCCUUUGCCGAACUGGGGACCAGGGAGUGAGCGUUGGUAGAAGUUACCUCUGUUGAUAUUUAAAGAAAUGAGGGGCUGGGGGUACUUUAUUCUUAGAGAUGCCGAUUUCCCUUUGCAACCAUAAUAAAAGUCUCCAGGAUGGUUGAAAGGGAAAAAGACACAGUCCCAGCAGUGGUAGAUGGAGUUGGCAAACCUCUGCCCUCAUGACAGUGUCCUUUGAGUCCUUGGACAGCCGAACAAAGCAUAACCAUUUUUCUUUUUAAAAACGACCCAUUCUUUUGCAGUCCCGCAGGAGGUGUGGUUGGGUCGGCUUGUAGCCCCAGGAUAUGGUUGAAAUGGAUUACUGCCUAGCUGAGCCAAAUGUUUGCUUGUACCUGUUGGACCACUACAGCAAACCGCUGCUUACAAUGCAUUGUGUAUUUCUGUAGUACUGUUUUGCAUUUUCCAUACAGACACAAAACUUUGCAAGUCAAUCACUGUUAUUCUCAUGGUACUGUUUAAAAAAAAAGGAAAAAGGAAAAAAAAAUGGAGAAAACCAGCCAAUCAUUGUGUGUACAGUUAAAAAUUGUAAUUAAUAGAGCCUGUUUAAAAAAUAAAAAAAAACAACUGUUGCCUUUUUUUCUUGUAUAAAAGAGAAUUUAUGACAAAAAAAUUUAGCUGUGAGGAAUGUGAUAUGUGUUUAUAUUUCUGACUAUGGAACAAAUUGAUUCAUUGGGAUAUAUUUUAAUGUAAACUAAAUCAGGUAUGUAAAGCUGUUUUAAAAUGGGAGACUAUGUAAGUAAUUCUCUAAAGCUUUAGUUGGUUUGAAUAUCAUCAUUUCCUCCAUGGUGAGCCUGCUUGUGAAUUAUUAAGCACUUGUUCGCAUUCUCUGUUCUUCACUCAUUUCUUGCAGUGUGCUCUGGACUUAAUGCUCUUUCUGUAUUGAUGAGAAGCAGUAUGUGGGCCAAUCUUUUUAUAAAACACUAUGCAUAUAUAAAUAUUACAUUGUUCAUAGCUUUAUUUGACUUCUGGGUUGAUACAUAACAUAGACUGAGUUCCUGUAGUUGUGUGGACAUGCACAAAACACGUUCCUUUCCUGGAACAGAGACAAUGUACUUGCUGUAGCUGAAAAGGAGGAAGAGGGUCUGUGACUGCUACUUUUAUCAUCAGAGUUUUCCACACAAAGCAUACCUUGAGCUGUGGUAGUAAGGCUGAGGGAAAACACAACGGAAUAUUGACUUUUGUUUUCAUCAGUUUCCUUAGGAGCCCACUUGGGGAUUUUAUUCCCCAGGCUCCCCUGCUAGGAAUGUUCUCACUAUUUCUAGCAAAAUCGGUGAUGUUAAAUGAUCGAUGCUCUCACUUGUGGUCCAGAGUUUUAAAUAAAUGAAAUCAAGGUGGAUUUUUGGGAGUACAUCGUGAAGGUAACGUCUUAACAUCUUUCUUGUUGUCAGAGGUGAUAUUUGACAUUUUAAAAUCUGUGUGCUACCCACUUGGGCUUGGCUCAGUCUGCGAAGACUUGGUGUGGCAGUUUCCUCUGAGUUCCACACAUCAGAUUUGCUUUGGAAAUAUUGUACUGUACAGGGACUAUGCAUUAAGCAGAAAGAUCCAGUUUUCUCUGAACUACUGUAACCUUAAAUUGGAGACUGAUUCUUGUGAGCCUACUUUCCCUAACCCCCCACCUCAUGUAAAUGUCUUGAUGAGAGAUAAUGGAUGAGUAUUUUGUAUGAUUAAAUCAAACCAUUGAAGAAUCCCCCUCCCACCCAUUACACGGUUGAUGCCUGAAAGAAUGUUGGGGGGGAGAACUCGACACCCUACUUGUAUUUUUUAAGUUUCUUUUGUGAAAGAUUUUUUAAUGCAUUUUUACUGUAAAAAUACAUGGAAAUGUAUGCAUUCCAUAACCA